ACCUCAAAACCGGUAGUGUUAGUCAGCAAUCAAUAACUGUUGCCAUGACAUCCCGCUGUCAACUAAACCACUUCGAUCCCACAACAAACACCAGUAGUAACAGCAAUGUACAAUCACAAUACUUCCGUAUUUAAUAAUUUAUGUUUGAGGGUUCCCAAAAAUCCCAACAGUGACUCACCGAUCCCCAUUUACGAGCAAAAGUUCCUGAACCAAAUGCGGAACCAGGAAACCAAAAAUAACCUGGAGAUUGAAAUGAAAUCUGGCGACAAAGAGACUUUAAAAUCGUUCAUCGACUUCUUCGACAGCAUUCCCGAGUACGAUGAUAUCAAUCAUUUAUCAAACAAAGAAUUUUACAAGAAACUCGACAAUUUGAAGGAGAAGCAGAAGACCUACUACCAAUUAAUGAAGGACGAACUAAGAUACGAACAAAAAGACACGGAAUGGGUGGAGGAUUAUAAAAAGCUGAGCAUAGGAUCCAAAUCGUUGCCCAAAGAUUUGAAAAGGAAGUCGAGCAUUAAACCAUUUUGUACCACACCUGUUUUAAAUAAAUCCACGUACGGUUUUAAAAAACCGGACGAUGUUGAAUAUCUUUCGUCUUCGGAAAAUAAACCGCCGUCCAGGAGGUCAGUCCGCAUUGAGACUCCGGUCAGUGAUAAAUUUUCACCGGAACGGGAGACCAGAUCCAAAUCCAGAACCAACUUGUCUUCCGGUAAUAGUUCAAAGAAAGGAAUCGAAUGGGAUAACUUAAGCUUAGAGGAUUUAAAGUUGAAUUUAGAAAAGGAAACCCCAUUAGAAAUACAAAGUCUUCCCAACAGUCCCAAGAAGGAAAGGGACUUGAGCGGCGAAGCCGGAAUCACCAUCCCUAAACCCUUUCAAAUGACCGUGAGAGACGAGGAGAACAGAAUUGUUGACGACAUGCUGAUCAAAAUGAACAAGCACAAGCCGGACAAAUACGAAAAGUUCAAAGCCCACGACAUCCCCAUUGAGUCACAAAUACCCCUCUUCGAUAAAAUAAUGGAGGAUCAAGAGAGAAGAAAUUACUUGGUCAGGGAAAGAAGGAAAGCCGAAUUGCAGGCCCAAAUGAAACCUUUUUCUUUUUCACGCAGAGAUGAGGAGAUUCAAGCUUUAACCAGAAAAUUAUCAAAAUCGUCACCCAGUGUCUAUUUAGACGACGGCCCCAUUAAGGUGAAGAAGUUUAAAGCCAAACCAGUACCCAAAAACUUGUUCAGCAAUUAUAUCUACAAAAAAAUGCACGAAGAUGAGUUCUACAGGGCGCUUCAGAAGAAGAUCAGAGCUGAGGAAAUGCUGAAAGCCGCUUCGCUGCCUCCUUCGAUGUCGAAAAGGGAGAAACGAAGACCCAAACUGGACGUGUGUCCCAGAUCCUACAGAGACAUCGAUGUUGAACCCAGAGAGGUGAUUAAAAAGAACAGCAAAGUGCCCAAUUUUAAAGCUGCACAAGAGCAAUUCGAAAAGGAAUUGGAGGAGAUAAAAAACGAGUUUAUUUCGACUAGCCCUAGACCGUUUAAGUUUAAAACGUCUAAAAGGGCUGACAAAAGAAAUCGCAGAUACAGACACUGCUCAGCAAGCAGCAAAAGCUCUGACACCAGAACGAACUCCUCGUUGGAACUGCAGUCGGUUAACCGAUCUAAUUUGGCGGCUGUUUUGAGGAUACAAUCUGCCAGAAGGAGACUGGAAUUGGACAUGUGCAAAAAACUGGAGGAGGCAAAAAUUAAGGAAGAGGCGAGAUGGAGGGAGAAGAUAAUGAGGAAAAAGCCGGUGUGGCAAGCUCUGGCUUACAGUAACGAAGAAGACUUGGCCAUGAGGUUGCAACUGCGAAAGGAUGAGGAGAAACUUCGGAAGGAGGAACAUUUGCUCAGGAUGCAGCUGAUGAUGGGACGGGUGUAUCAACAACCGACGCUUUUCGAACGGCAGUCACAAGUAGAUGUGAAAUAUUCCAAGUCGAAGGACGAUUUAAUGGAUGGUUUGUACAAGAGCUACGUGAAGAGGAGUCCGAGGAGAAGUUUAAGCGACUUGUCUGACUUGAGGUCGAUGGUGGAGGUUAAGGAUGAGGCCAUACAGACAUUUGAUGGUGAUAAAAUUUCUUCGACUGGAUCUGAAGCCAGCAAAGAGUCACUUCCAGAGGAAAAGGAAAAGUGCGAUUGUUUUUAUGAAAGUUAAUAUUAACAGGAAUUUUAUUUAUGAACGUAGUAGAAAAACUGCCACCAUUUAAUAAUAAAAAAACACUUUUUAGAUGC